CCAAGGCUGGUUACACUGGCUUAGGCACCAUUUCAAUUGUUACUGAGAAUUCUUUUCUUAGGAUUAAUUCAAGGGUCUGAGAACACUGAGCCCCAGUAUAGCACCUCUGAGACCCAUGGCUUCCAAGUUGCAGAGCAAUUUCCCAGCACUGUACGUCUUUGGGGUCUUGACUCUACUGCUGUACCCUUCUGGCUUGUGUGAUUGCAGAAUAUUUCCGAGCAUUGCCCAUGGAUCCCAUAAAGACGUGAGUUCAUUUUUCUCCUAUACUACUGUCGUAAAAUAUGAAUGUGAUGAAGGAUAUGUUCUGGUUGGAGAGUCCAAAAUCACCUGCAGGAACUCCCACUGGUCGCUUCCAGCCCCUCAAUGUAAAGCUCUGUGUCUGAAACCAGAGAUCAAAAAUGGAGAUCUGUCUGUGGAUAAGGACCAAUAUGUUGAGCCUGAGAGUGUUACUGUCCAGUGUGACGAUGGUUAUGGUGUGAUUGGCUCUCAAAAAAUCACCUGCUCAGAGAAUGGCAUCUGGUUCCCAGCGGUGCCCAAGUGUAAGUGGGAAUUCCAGAUGGGCUGUGAGCAAGUGCUAGUUGGCAGUAAAUUCUUCCAGUGUCUCCCCUACCCAGAUGAUGUGAAAAAGGCCCUGGAGAUCUAUAAGUUGUCUCUGGAGAUUGGACAACUGAGCAAGAGUGAGAGUUGAAGAGAACACCAUUUUGAAACCAGCACAUCCACCCUCCCCACCUUCACAAAAAUAGAGAAUUAGGUACAUUUCUCUCAUUAGCAACU